AUGAAGGCUGCCGAGGUAUCCAUGGGAUCGGCACUGCUCGUCCUCUUGACGACCUUACUUCUGUGUAGGGAGGCAAGGGCAUCCCCACCGGCGUCGGUGGUGAAGUGCAGCUCCGGCAACAAAAACUGCACUGUCUCGAAUUCCUACGGGGCCUUCCCCGACCGGAGCAUCUGCCGGGUUGCCGCAGUCGCGUACCCAUCCAAUGAGAGUGAACUUUUCCUCGCCGUCUCCAACGCGUCGAUAAAGAAGCAGCACAUGAAAGUCGUCACCGUAUACUCCCACAGCAUCCCCAAGCUCUCCUGCCCCGGCGGCCCCGCCGGCGCUGGACUGGUCAUUAGCACCGAACGGCUAAACAAGGUGGUGAGCGUUGAUCUCUCUACCAAUCAGAUGACCUUCCAGGCGGGAAUUACCCUGAGGCAGCUGCUUGAUGCGGCGGCGGCGAGAGGCCUCGCUCUUCCUUACACGCCCUACUGGCAAGGAGUCACCCUGGGAGGCAUGCUUGGGACGGGCUCCCACGGCAGCUCCCUAUUCGGAAAAGGUUCUGCGGUGCAUGAGAGGGUGGUGGGGCUGAGGCUGAUAAUCCCCACCUCCGAUCCAAUCAAUGGAUUAUAUGCUAAAGCAAUCGAUCUUGUGGAAGGCGACGAGGACCUGCUAGCUGCCAAGGUGUCCCUCGGGGUGUUGGGUGUUGUCUCGCAGGUAGUAUUCGAGAGCUUUUACCAAUUGCAGUCGUUAUGCAUGCAUCACCAGCCAAAUUUAUUGUUAUAUGAACAAAUAACUCACCAAGUCGCUGCAGGGAGCUUUAUACGAUAGAGCUGAUAUGGGAUGUCAUCACUUUUUGGAUACUAAUGAAGCCAGUGUCAUUAGAGUUAUAUAUAUAUAUAUAUAUACACUACAAGUAUGCUUAUAUCAUUACUAUUAAGAUGGAAGAUAGGUGCGUCAAUAGGUUAGAUCAGUGCAAAGACAGACCCAACCUCAAUAUCCUUCGUGUAUCGUGGAGACUUGAGGAGGGUCUCUCCAAGAAGCCCAUAACUCCGGUGAUUCUAUAUGCUCUCUCUCUCUCUCUCUCCCUCUCUCUCUCGGACCCUCUAUCUCGUCCCUAUCCUUCCGUAAUUUUUACAUUUACAAUCCAGACAGACCUUACCUUUUUCCCCAUCCUAUCCCUCCAUUCCAAUCCCUUUCCCUUCCUUCAUCACCUCCGUCUCAUCGCGUUCUUGUCUCCUCCCCUCACGUCCAUCCCCUUCCCCGACACCUCCAUCCCAUUGCAUCCCCGUCUCCCUGCCUCAUGAAUAUACCUAUUUCUUGCCCCUCCCCACACACAAUCAUGUCUGACCCGCCUUCCUUCUCUGCUAAGAGAAUCUUUUGCCUCACAUCUCCAUCCAAACUCCAGCGCAAAACCAAAAAGAGCCCACUCCCAUCUCAUUUUCCUGGUCCUCUUUUCGAGCCAUGGACAAAAAAUUUCACCACAUACUUAUCUUGUGGUUGGGUGGCUUCAGGCUUCAUAUGGGAUUCGGCGGGCCUGUUCUCAUCCUUUGUAGUACCUCGAGGACUGAACCGUUGUACAUGGUAAAUACAUAAUGUUCAGCGAAGGACAUGUCGGCUACUCCUAAUAACUCUACUCCGUAGAUUCUAAAAUACACCCGCUAGAAAGUUUAUUUAUAUUUAUAUAUAUGUGUGGGUGUGUGUCGGAUAAAUUCAUUGCGUUGACAUAUGACCGAAUUUCAUUACUCCACGUCACUCGAGUAGGUGACCCUCCAGCUUGAACCCAUGUUCAAGCGAUCCAUCACGAACCGGGUGCAGAAGGACGUUGGCUUCGAGCACAACAUCCCAACCUUCGCGGCGGCCACGGAGUUCGGUGACAUCAUCUGGUACCCGGCGCAAUCUAAGGUCGUCUACAGAGACGACAUCAGGCUCCCCGUCUCCAUCCCCGGCAAAGCGAAGAACGACUUCACAGGAUUCCAGCCUCAGAUCUCCCUUGUAGUCGCCGGCAUCCGGGGAACAGGUUAGAAGUUAAUAUAUAGAUAUAUAUAUAUAUAUAUAUAUAUAUAUAUAUAUCUCCGUGGAAGGCGUUAGAACCUAAUAUGUAGGUAUAGAUAUUUAUAUAUUCGACAGUAACCUUAGCUUGGUCAGCGUCAGGUGAAGAUUUUGAUAGUUCAUCAACAGAUGCUCUCCAUGCUUGACCUUUAAUUUUAUUCUAUUAUGUAUGACAAACCAGAGGAGUUACUGGAGCUCACGGAUAAUUCCGACGGAAAGUGCUUGGUGUCCAAGUUACAGGUGGCAACUCUGCUGGAGACGGGCUCCGGCCUGAAGAACAAUGACGGGAGUAUUAUCGAUUUCACCGGCUACCCGGUGAUCGGAAACCAAAGCGACAUGCAGACCUCCGGUAAUCCAUGGAAAUAUCUGUUCUUAUCUCUUGUUAAUAGAUGGCCAUCGGUUUAUAACAGUAGACACCAAACAUUUUAUUCACUGCAAUCAAUUCUGAAAAUAAAUAAAUUGGAUAAUAUCGUUGAUUUGGUCGGGCGAAGAAAAAGGACGCAGCAACCAUAAUAUACGCUAAAUUUUAUCAAUCAUAUAACUAUGAACAGUAGCCUAAAGCUAGAUCAUAAAUGAUAAAAAGUGUGAAAGCGUUCUUCUCAGUUUUAAUAUGCUAACGUGCUGUCCCGCUUCUGAAUAAUACAAGUUCCUGCCAAAAAAAAAUUUAUCUAGUGCUCUUAGCUCUUCUCACUUCGUUUCUUAGGAUCCUGUCUGUUCAGCAAGGAUGACAGCCUUUUCACCGUAUGCGCAUGGGAUCCUCGAAUCAGCGGGCUGUUCUACCAUCAGACGACGAUCAGCAUCCCAGUGACCGAGAUCACCAGCUUUAUCGCCGACGUGAAGAAGCUCCGGGACUUGAGGCCCAGCGCCCUCUGUGGCAUCGAGCUCUACUACGGCUUCCUCAUGAGGUUCGUCCGCAACUCCACCGCCUACUUGGGCAAGACCUCCGACUCUGUGGACGUCGACAUCACCUACUACCGCUCCCGCAAACCGGACACCCCGCGGCUGGACGAGGACGUGCUGGAGGAGAUCGAGCAGUUGGCCCUCUUCAAGUACAACGGCAUGCCGCACUGGGGGAAGAACAGGAACGUCGGCUUCCUCACCGUGAGGGAGAGGCUCGGGGAGAAGGGGGACAAGUUCGUGGCCGCCAUGGCCAAGUACGAUAAGGACGGACUUUUCUCUUCCGACUGGACGGACGCCAUACUGGGCCUGCGCGGGAAGAGCCCGGUGACCACCGGGAAGGGUUGCGCGCUAGAAGGGCUGUGCAUUUGCGCCUUUGACGAACACUGCGCGCCUUCCAAGGGAUACUACUGCAAGCCGGGGCUGAUCUACCCGCAGGCUCGCGUCUGCCGGAAGGACAACAGUUCUUAG